GUCCGCGAGUGACUGCAGGCGUCCGUCGAGUCGACUCGUUUGUGCUUUCAAUAGCGGGAGAGACGAAGUACUUUCUAGCCUUCCUUACAGCACUUUACGUCGCCGGCUUUACCCGUAAACACUCGUAUCUUCCCGUGACACCGUAGUGGACAUUGUCUGUACUAACCUCACUUCCAGUAAUGCCUCGCGGAGGGAAGAAGGGCCACAAGGGCCGAGGGAAGCAGUUCAGCAACCCUGAGGAGAUCGAUCGACAGAUGAAGGCCCAGAGAGAGAUGGAAGCAAAUGAAGGCGCAGAGAAGGGGAGCUCAUCGGGUUCUGAAGAGGACAGCAGCAGCGAUGACGAGUCUGACUCCAGAAAGAGAAGUGGAGUGGAGGGGCUCAUAGAGAUUGAGAAUCCCAACCGUGUGUCUCAGAAAAAUAAGAAGGUGACCGAAUUAGACGUCAAUGCCCCCAAAGAGUUGUCACGCAGAGAGAGGGAGGAGAUUGAGAAGCAGAAAUCAAAGGAACGCUACAUGAAGCUGCAUCUGGAGGGAAAGACCGAGCAGGCCAGAGCCGACCUGGCCAGACUGGCCAUCAUCAAGAAACAGAGGGAGGAAGCUGCCAAGAAGAGAGAUGAACUCAGGAAAGAAAAAGAAGCGGAAGAAGCCAAAGCAAAGCGCUAGUCUUCUACCUGAACGCUUCAACAUGCACUUCAGUCUCAGAGAGGGAUGGAUGGAGGGAGGAGGAGAUCUGGAGGAGAACGGGGAGGGGACCGGUGUGAGUGUAUUCAGGUCAGGGCUGCUCCUGAACUCCUGGCCUUCAUUUCAAAAUCAGAGGGGCGAGGGUCUUCCAUGACACUAGGGUCAGGACAGGAACAUGGGUGGAGCAAAGCAAGAUGAAGAGGAAUGCAACAUUUGGGACGCCUCCUAGUUUUCUUCAGAGUUCCUUAGGCGUUCCAGAGGAGACAACCGCAGGCUUUCCAAGUGCUUCACAGCCUCUUCACUCUUCCCCCACUCGCCAGGGUUUUAAUUCUAAAGCUGCUGAACUUAUUUCCAUUCCUUAUCAUUGAUACAUUUUUACAGGUUUACCUAAUAGAAGUUUACUUGGCAGGUAUAACAGUGGGCACGCAUGAGGAUUUCUUUGGUGCUUCAGUUUUUCUUCCAUCUCGUCUGUUUUGUGAGAAAGCAAACCGGUGAGGGAUGGAGAGAAGGACGUUGUUCAGAGGAUACACUGAGGUGUACUGAGGAGUGCAGUCUUUUAUUCUGGGUUGCCGCGCCACAGCCAUCAACACCAUCCGAACAAAACGAGAAUCUGUUUAUUUUGCCAUCAACUUUAUCUUUACACUCUGCGCUCUUGUUCGAUUUGAAAUGUUAAGAAGCCACAGCAUGUCAAUAAAUCGGUCAAUAUUUAGUUUAUGUCACUGUCUCAUGGAUCGACUCCCACAUGUACUCUUUACGCCCUUCAAUCAGCUGAUUGCCGAUUUCAGAAAAAUGGUUUAAAAUUGUAAAAAAAUAAAUAAAAAUUAGCUUAAAACACCAUGAAUAUUACUUGAAUUCACUAAAACAAGUGUUCUGCUCAUGAGUGCUGGAGAUCCCAGUCUCGUACUGCCUCAGUAACUGACCUUGUCCCGUUUCCGACGGGUUCCUCCGUAAUUCUGUAGGAGAUAUUGUGUCUUUUGUUGCCUUUCUAAAGUUUACAUAAGACCAAGUCACUGUAUUUCUCCUGUACUUAAAGUGCUACAAAGAACCUGCACUGACAUAGUUGAUUAGGUACACAUACAAUAAUCCAACCCUAACACAAUAGCACAACUAACAGCAGUCUCUAGUUCAUCACAGACGGCUCAACUCUAUCUGACAGUGCAGCUUAAAAACGACAUUAGCUUAAAUUCACUGCAAGCCAUUUAUUUUGUUCAUACCUCGCAGGUGCACGUUAAUAAACUGGUAACUCUGUAUGUGGAGGGAUUGGGAUUGCCUUGAUCAGGGAAAUAGUAUUCUCUUUAAUAUGGAAGAAGUCCACUGAACAUAUAACGAAGUGUGAGAGAUGUAGCCGCAGCAGAAAAUGUAAUUCUCCAUCAUGUAUUGGAAGCCAUUUUAAAAAAAAUAAAAAAUAAAAAUAAAGUCAUGAAAAGUU